AUGGUGGUGCUGCUGGCGCUGCUGCUGGUCGCGGGAGGCAGUGCAGCGGAGAGCAGCAGUGCACCUGCUGCUUCCAACGCAACGACAGCUUCAGCCCCCAAGCUCAAGGCCAUGAAGCAGCAGCUCAAGUCUAAAAUAAUACCUACAGCUGGGGAGGCGGAACUCCCGAACGGCAUCGGGGAUGUGCUGCCUUCGGGGGCCUGCAAGCCCGACGCGGCGGCGUUCUGCAAGGACCUGAAGGCUGGCGACGGGAGGUUGGCCGCGUGCCUCAGCAAGCGGCUGCAGGCGGAGAAGAAGGGCAACGUGGCGGGCCGCAUGGUGUCCUCGGGCUGCAUGGAGGAUGUGGCCAAGUACAAGAUCGCUCGCAGCCAGAACAUCAACAAGGACCCUGCGCUCGCGCGGGCCUGCAAGGAUGAUGUGGCGAAGGUCUGCCAGUCUUCCUCUGACACUUCGACCCCUGGAAGCGUCGUGGCAUGCCUCAGGACAAACAGCCGCAAGCUGUCGCCCUCCUGCCAGAAGGAGGUGCUGCGGACGCAGCUCGAGGCCGCGAACGACUACCGCUUCGACGCGCGGCUGUUUGCCACCUGCGACGCGGCGGUGCGGGAGCACUGCGCCAACGUGGACCCGGGGGAUGGGCGCGAGCUGGACUGCCUGGCGGACAACAGCAAGCAGCUGGGAUGGGCGUGCCUCGAGGAGGUCAUGCGCUUCCAAAAGGAGGCCUCUGACGACAUCCGCCUGAGCUUGCGACUGUUCAAGCGCUGCGUCAACGACCAAAAGAAGUUUUGCAAGGACGUGGAGCCCGGGCACAUGCGCGUGCAGGUGGGCGGGCUCGACACUGGCAUGCAGGAGGCGUGCGAGCAGGACCUCCAGACCACCUGCUCCACCACUGCUGACGACCUCAAGGACGAGAAGAAGCGCCAGACAGCCAUUAACUGCCUGCAGACCUUCAAGGACGAGCUCAAGUCCCAGGAAUGCCGCGACAAGGUCCACCGCAAGAUGAAGCGCGCCGCCAGGGACAUUCGCUUCGACGACGUCCUGGCCAACGCGUGUGUGGAGGACCGCAAGACGUUCUGCAACGACGUCCAGCCGGGUUCCGCGCGCGUCAUCAGGUGCCUCCAGGAGAACCGCGGCGUCCUGUCGAAGCAGUGCACGGCGGCGCUGUUUGACCAUGAGGUCAAGAUGGCGGAGGACAUCGACUUCAAGUACCCAAUGCGCAAGGCCUGCGCCUGGGAGGUCUCCACCUUUUGCCCCAACGUGCCGCACGGCCACGCGCGCGUGAUCCGCUGCCUGCAGAGCAAGCUGGAUCACGAGGACAUGAGCAAGGAGUGCAAAGAUGAGGUGAACCGCGGUUUGAACCGCGCGGCGACGGACUACCGCCUCAACUGGCGGCUUAACCACGCCUGCGAGCAGGACAUCACCGCACUGUGCUCUGGCCUGUGCUCCACGAGCAGCAGCCAGCCCUGCGGUGGCGUCGUGCUGCACUGCCUCUCAGAAAAGCAGGACAACAUCACCAGCCAGGCCUGCCAGGAGGAGAUAUUCUACUACCAGCUGAUGGAGGUCAGCGACUUCAGGAAUGACGUCAUCCUGGCCGAGGCCUGCAGGCAGGACGUGGAGAAGUACUGCAAAGACGUGGAGCCGGGCGAGGGCCGGGUGCAUGCGUGCCUGCGCCACCAGCUGAACUUCAUCAGCGAGGCCUGCCGGGCGGAGGAGAACAAGCUGGCGGCCGUGGAGUACCGGGACAUCCGGCUGAGGCCAAAGCUGGCCAAGGUUUGCAGCGAGGAGCGCAGCGUCUUCUGCCGCGACGUGCGCCCCGGCAGGGCGCGCGUCAUCAAGUGCCUCAUGGAGGCAAUGGGCAAGCCGAAUUUCGGCGCCGACUGCCGAGAGGAGCUGCACGCCAGGUCCGAGGUUGUGAAGAACGACUACAGGUUUGAUUCCGGCAUCAUGGACAGCUGCGCCGACGAGGUGGACCAUCUCUGUGAGGAGGCCAAGACCAAGCUGCGCGGCACAGCCGCGGUGCUCAAGUGCCUCAUCCAGAAGUUCGAUGAGGCAAACAACAUGUGCCAGGCAGGUUGCGCUGAGUUGAGCCGUGCCGUGCGGUUCGCCCUGUGGGACUACGCCUCAGGGUCCCCCCUCACCACUGUGUGCGACGCCGACGUCCAGGGCUUCUGCCCCAAGAGCACCGCCACCCGCCCCGGCGGCGUGUUCACGAUCGGCGUCGCCGGCCACUGCCUCAGCAAGGCGCUGGUCGAGGGCAAGCCCCUCGCGCCGCAAUGCAAGGCACUGGUGCUGGUCGCGGCCCCCAAGGACAGCCGGGUAUACCUGCGCUAUCCAGAGUCGGCAAACGCGUUGGUGGCGCGGCUCGCAGACAUGCAGCGCGCAGCAGGGCUCGAGGGGGUGCUUGUGGACCCCUAUAAGCGGCAGGGCAGCGCGGUCACGGUCACGGGCUGGGUGGCGCUGGUGUGCCUCGCGAGCAUCGGGGUCGUGGCGGUGGCGGCGCUGGUGAUCGUGUACCGGCGGGUAGCGGGGAUCGACAAGGCGCACACGCAGUAUGUCAAGAGCGGGGACGCCUGA